AUGUAUCCCUCAUCCACCACUUAUCCCCGCCCCUCCGCGUCCUACCUGCAGUCACGGCAAGCAGCAACAUGCAGCAGGGACGACAGACUAAGCCAGCUGCCCGACGACGCGCUGCUCAACAUCCUAGAGCGGCUGGGCACGCUCGACGCCAUCAGAACCUGCAUCCUCUCCAAGCAGAUGCUCAAGCUGCCCACCAUGCUCUCGCAGAUCUUCAUCGACUUCUAUUCCGCUAUGCGCGCCGACGAUCAAUCCUUUACGACCACGCGAGACCUGGCCCGGAUCAACGGCGCGGUGGCCGACGUGACGGACAUGAUCCUGAUCAGCUCGAGAUCACCACUGUACCCCGUUCGCCAGCUGAAGCUCAGGUUCGUCCUGAGGCGCUACGACUGCAUCUCCAUCGGCAAAUCUGUUGCCCUCGCCAUGGCGGCGCGGAAGCUGGACGGGGCCGUGGAGUUCGAAGUACUGACGGAGUGUGGUUUCGAGCACUGCGCCGACGCCGAUUUACUCCAGUUCGGGGAGCAGUUCAAUACUUUUCUCGGCGACUGUCCCGACGCGUUCGCCUGCCUGACGCGGCUGGAUCUGCAUAAUCUGAGGUUUGGCGAAUCGGACAUCCCCAAGGUACUCAGCGCUUGCGAGCGGCUCGAGUCUCUGCGUCUCCAUAAUUGUGACGCGGGGAACAGUUCGGUGCUGAGAGUUGAGCAUCCGAGACUCGUCGAGCUCGAGAUCUUCUGUGGGAAGUUUGAGACGGUGGAGCUAAUCUGUCUACCGAAGCUCCAGCGGAUGAACUAUACUGACUGGGUCUACGACGAAGAUCCCUUGUACUUCGUUGACGUGCCACAGUUUGCGAAGCUAAGCCUCACUAAGAAUUGUUAUUGGGGCCAGACCCUGAAGCUAAGCCAGGUGCUUGCUAACGCCCCAACCAUAACCAACCUGCAUCUGGAUUUCCAAAGUGAGAAGAUAUGGGUUCGACCAGAGAGCCCGAGACUGCUUGCUCAUGUGCUUAACAAACUGCGCCAUCUGAAUAUGGACUUCCUUCCUGAAGGAUGUGACAUCGCCUGGACAAUGUUCUUCCUUGAAGCUGCACCAUCCCUGGACGAGCUCUGUCUCACGGUGUGGGAUCAUUGGUGCGGCACAGAGAAACUAAGCAUUCGCAGAAAGAAAGCGGAUGUGAAGUGGCAGCUACCUGCUCCCGAUUUCAAGCACAAGAGUUUAACCAAGCUAACGAUCUACGGCUUCCAGUCAGACGACAACUUCACGGGAUUCGUUAGGCGUGUCAUGAAAGCUGCGGCAAACGUUGAAGAGAUAUCUCUGUAUGAUAGGAAGGUGUGCAAGUUCUGCACCAAAGAAUUUGAGGAUUAUGAGACCGAGGUAUUUCCAUCAACAUAUCCAAGGACGAGCCAGGAGAAGGAUUCUUUGAGGGAAAAGAUUACCGGUGGGCUGAUAAUGGCUUCCCCCGAUGUGAUUCGCUUCAGGUCCUAGAAGCCUUUGGAAAUCACUGCAAAUAUCAUUCAUGGAAUCACAAUGAUCUAUCUUUUGUGGUUUGAAGGAGCUACUAAACUCUAGAAUAAAGUUGCUACUCUGUUUGUACUCUUUGAUUUCAUUUGAA